AUGGCGGACUCCCAAGAAGAAAAACUUUACAGGGCUGAAUACGCCAAAAGUGGCCGUGCAUCGUGCAAGAAAUGCAAGGAUAACAUCGCCAAAGACUCCCUGCGUAUGGCCAUCAUGGUGCAGUCACCCAGGUUUGAUGGAAAAGUCCCCCACUGGCACCAUUUUUCUUGUUUCUGGCUGAGGGUGGUAGCAAAGUCCACAGAUGAUAUCGCUGGCUUUUCUGACCUGCGCUGGGAAGACCAGGAAAAGGUCAAAAAAGCCAUUGAAAGUGGAGGUACUUCAGGAGGUAAAGGGGGCCAGAAGGGUGGUGUCAAAGGAGAGAAGACACUUACUGAGUUUGCCGUGGAGUAUGCCAAGUCUAACCGUAGCACAUGCAAAGGCUGUGAGCUGAAAAUAGAGAAGGAUCAAAUUCGUGUCUCUAGGAAGGGUAUGGAUCCAGAGAAGCCCCAGCUUGGCUUGAUAGACCGCUGGUACCACAUGGCUUGCUUUGUGGGGCAGAGAGAAGAACUGGCCUUUAAACCUGAAUACAGCGCUGCCCAGUUGAUAGGUUUCAGCACACUACGGGCUGAAGACAAGGAAGAGCUGAAGAAAAGGCUUCCCACCAUCAAAUCUGAAGGGAAGCGGAAGGUUGAUGAGGUGGACAUGGCAUCAAAGAAACAGAAGAAGGAAGAAGCUGAGGAGGACAAAAAAUUUCAAGAGCAGUUGAAGGAGCAGAAUAAGCUGAUAUGGGGCAUCAAGGACAAGCUGAAAAAGCAAUGCUUCCUUAAUGACAUGAAGGAGCUACUUAUUGCAAACAGCCAGGAGGUGCCCUCUGGAGAGUCCAAUGUGGUGGACUGUUUGGCAGAUGGCAUGACUUUUGGGGCUCUCGAGCCCUGUAGCACCUGCAUGGGCCAGUUGGUGUUCAAAGGUGAUUCAUAUUACUGCACCGGGGACAUAUCAGCCUGGACAAAGUGUGUGUUUAAAACCACAAAACCCAACCGUAGAAACUGGGUCAUCCCCAAGGAAUUCAGCGAGGUUCCCUUCCUUAAGAAAUUCAAGUUCAAACAACAGGACAGGCUGUACCCCAAGGUGGAUCCCACCCCAACCCUGACCACAGCCACAGCUGAACCCCAUCCAAGUGCCUCAAGUGCCCCUACUAAACCUCUCUCAGAGGGGGCGCCUGCAGACAAACCUCUUACGAAUAUGAAGCUGUUUGCCGUGGGUAAACUGACCAAGAAUAAGGAUGAAUUUAAGGCUUUUGUGGAAGAGAUGGGUGGAAAAAUAACUGGCACAGCCAGUAAGGCUAACUUCUGCAUCAGCACCAAGAAGGAGGUAGAGAAGAUGAGUAAGAAGAUGGAAGAGGUGAAGGAAGCCAGUGUACGUGUGGUUUCUGAGGAUUUCCUCACAGACAUCAAGUCAUCUGGCAAGGCCCUCCAGGAGCUGGUUGCCCUGCAUGCCAUCUCACCCUGGGGGGCAGAGGUCAAGCUGGAGGCCCAGGCUGCAACAACAGUCUCAAAGUCUAGACCCAUGGCGUCCAAGAGCACAGGCCGGGCUAAAGAGGAAGAAGGUGGCAGCAAAUCAAAGAAGAUGAAGCUGACAGUCAAAGGAGGAGCUGCUGUGGAUCCAGACUCGGGUCUGGAGAACAGCGCUCAUGUCCUAGAGCAGAAUGGGAAGAUGUACAGUGCCACGCUGGGCCUUGUAGACAUUGUAAGGGGAACAAACUCUUACUACAAACUGCAGUUACUGGAGGAUGACGUACAGAAACGGUACUGGGUGUUCAGGUCAUGGGGGAGGGUCGGAACCACCAUUGGAGGCAACAAGCUGGAUAAGUUCCAUGACAAAAACUCUGCCGUGGACAACUUCCUCGGCGUGUACAAAGAGAAGACGGGCAACAUCUGGAGCUGCUCAAACUUCACCAAGUACCCCAAUAAGUUCUACCCGCUGGAGAUUGACUAUGGACAGGAUGAAGAGGCAGUGAAGAAGCUGACGGCCACUGCUGGGACCAAGUCUCAGUUACCCAAACCCGUCCAGGAGCUCAUCAGGAUGAUCUUUGAUGUGGAGAGCAUGAAGAAGGCCAUGGUGGAGUUUGAGAUUGACCUUCAGAAGAUGCCCCUGGGAAAGCUCAGUAAGCGGCAAAUCCAGAGUGCUUAUGCUCUUCUCAGCGAGGUGCAGCAGGCUGUGGCAGGCGGUGUCCCUGAGGCCCAGAUUUUGGACCUGUCCAAUCGCUUCUACACCCUCAUACCUCAUGACUUUGGCAUGAAGAAACCUCCCCUGCUCAGCAACCUGGACUAUAUUCAGGCUAAGGUUCAGAUGCUUGACAACCUGUUGGAUAUUGAAGUGGCCUAUAGCCUGCUGAGAGGAGGGGCAGAGGACAAUGGCAGUGAUCCCAUUGACAUCAACUACGAGAAACUCAAAACCAAAAUCGAGGUUGUGGAUAAGAGCACAAAGGAAGCUGAGAUUAUUUCACAAUACGUCAAGAACACACAUGCUGCAACUCACAAUACUUAUACACUGGAAGUACAAGAGAUCUUCAAAGUUGUUAGGGAGGGAGAGUACCAGCGGUAUCACCCCUUCAAGGAACUGCACAAUCGGCAGUUGUUGUGGCAUGGUUCACGCGCCACCAACUACGCUGGCAUCUUUUCUCAGGGUCUUCGUAUCGCCCCCCCAGAGGCCCCUGUGACUGGUUACAUGUUUGGCAAAGGUGUGUACUUUGCAGACAUGGUGUCCAAGAGCGCUAACUACUGCCACACCUCUCAGUCAGACCCUGUCGGCCUCCUACUGCUGGCAGAGGUUGCCCUUGGCAACAUGCAUGAACUGAAGAAGGCAUCGCACAUUACAAAAUUACCCAAGGGCAAACACAGUGUUAAAGGUUUGGGUAGAACUGCACCCGACGCAAAUGCCACUGUCAAUUUAGACGGGGUGCAAGUGCCUCUGGGAAAAGGAGUCCAUACUAACAUUGAUGACACAAGCCUUCUCUACAAUGAGUACAUUGUAUACGAUGUGGCGCAGGUGAAUCUCAAGUACCUGCUGAAGAUUAAAUUCAACUACCAGACAUCCCUUUGGUGAGAAGGGCUAUAUGGUCAAGCCCCCUUAACAAAUGCAAGAGACACCGUUGCCUUUAAAUGCCUGAGCUUCUUUCUCGCAACAGACGAUAACGGUUUGCAAAUGGACUGAUGCUACGCUAUCCUUUGUAUUGGUUGCUGGAAAUCCCAAGUCACUUUAUUGCCCACACAUCAGGUUCAUGUGAUAAGUGGUAGCCUUCCCUAGUACUCGGUGUAUUGUGUUACCUCUUGGCCAUUUCAGACUUGUCUGAAGACUGCGUCGCACAGGUGCAUGGGGUGGUUAAAGUCAGGCAAAUACUGGGGAGAUAAAGAUUUGGCUUAAAAAGGAAGUCAGAUCUGGUUAAUGGUUUCUCUAGAUAGUGUUUCAUAUGAGCUAUCAUAUUUCUUGUAAGGCAUAAAACUGUAAGGGUAGAAAGACUUCAGUUAUAAGAACAAUCAUUUGCCAUACGUACACAUUGGCUUAGAGUUCACUAGAAGUUUCUAGAAGUCAAACCUGGUAGGAUAAAGUUUUUUAAAACUUUUCAGUUCAAAGAUUCUGUGUGAGGCAUGUGUAUUGUUAUUUUGCCCCAUUUUAUUCAAUGAAAAGACCUUUAAAAUAUUUUUUUUUGUGGUUAAUGUUUUAUCCAAAGUAGUCUGUAACAUGAUGAUGAAUGUUGACAUUUUUAGUUUUUUCCAUGUUACCUCACCGAAUAAAGAAAACGAGAAU